UGGAGAUGGAGUUGCUUCAUUAUGACACAGAGACGGAGAAAUUCGUCAUUAGUCCCGCGGGAGUCCGGCAGGGCAGGAGAAAGAGCCAAAGGAGAAGUAGUAAGGCGGUUAGUCCAGUUGCGAGCCCAAGAGAUCGCGACGAAUUUUCUUCUAGGAGCAGACAUGCGAGCAGAUCUGCUGCCAGCCCGCGAGACCGUGAGGAAUUUGUGCCGAGAAGCAGAGCUGUUUCACAAUCUGGAUCGAAGUACCGAUGAGAACGAAUCGAAUCCAAUGGAUAACCAAUGGAUAACUGUCGAACGAGAAGCCUGCGCGAUGGAGCGUAUCUAUCAGCCAUGCUAUGCGAAGCGAAGCGCAAUCAAUGGCACGGAACGAGAGAUUCAUCCAAUCGCGCGAAGCCAUGUCUUCACUCAGACGAGCCAAGAACACAAAGACGCUUCGACAGCGCAGAAUGCAUGCCAGCAUGCGCGACUGGCUGGCAAAGGCCCAGCAAAAGUCCUCAUACGAGACCUGAUGCCGCGCCGAUGAAAGAGGUGGUUGGGGGAUCUCCACGAACUGACAGCUGACCGCUACUUUUCACUGCGUGCGAAUUAAGGCGCAUCAACCACGAUGCGUGAUUUAGUAUCCAUGUGCUUCUGAUGUACGUAUGUAUCUGACCAUCAUCAGUCAACGAUGAUGGCAUUUUGCUAGGAUAAAUGGGAGGGGAAGUCAUCUUGUAUCCAUACGCAAUCUUUUCCCGC